AAUAUUGGUGACGGAGUUUAUUUGAGAACAACUGACCUAAUUUAUUUUAUAUAUUACAGAUCCGAGGUUGAAACAUCCCACCGCCUCGGUUUCAUUUUAAUUCGAAAGAGAGAAAGAGAAAGAUGAAUAGGGUAUCGGGGGUAUCGGGUUUCUCGUUAUUGCCGGAAGGUUGCAUAUCGGAGAUAAUAGCAUUGACAUCACCCAGAGAUGCUGGCAGGGCAUCGGCGAUCUCAUCGGCGUUCAAGUCGGCCGCCGAGUUUGACAGCGUGUGGGAGAAAUUCCUGCCGUCGGAUUAUCCGGAGAUCAUAUCGAGGUCCGUAUCUCCGGUGGUUUACUCCACCAAAAAGGAACUAUACUUUCUCCUCUGUGACACUCCCAUCCUCCUUGAUGGAAGUAAUCUGAGCUUCAUGCUGAAUAAAUGGAGCGGGAAAAAAUGUUAUAUGCUAGGAGCAAGAGAGCUUUCGAUUGUGUGGGGAGAUACUCCAGACUACUGGGAAUGGACUUCUUUGCCUGAAUCGAGAUUUCCUGAGGUGGCUGAGCUCCUGCGUGUAUGUUGGCUUGCUAUUGGAGGCAAGAUGCAAACUCAGAUGCUAUCCCCAAAGACCACCUAUGCAGCUUACCUUGUCUUUAAACUUGCAGAGUGGAACCAUGGGCUUGAUGUCCCGUCAAAGGCAUCGGUUGGAUUUGUUGCGGAAGGCCAAGAAGGAGCUGAAGAUUCGAACCACACAGUUUACUUGAAAUUGGCAACAGAUAGACCUCAACCUUUGCGAGGAUUGCGUAGACGUGCAGCUAGACAACCCAAUGGUCGGCUUCCGCAGAAGAGAAUCCAUUUGUUGUGGUAUGGGUCAACAAAAUAUUUGGAUUGA